GGGGUCGGGCUGGGCAAGGCGGCGGAUCCUCCCCCGCCGGCCUACGGCACCUCUCGCGGGCGGGACCCGCCGUAGCCGCGGCCUGGAGCGGGCGCGGGAAGCCCGGGCCUGCCCCGCACAAAGGGCCCGCCCCGCACCGCGGUUCCGUGGGCGGGAAGGGCCCCGCGCAGGGCCCGGUGUUCCGGGACAGCGCCUGCCCGCGGUUCUGCCCCUGCCGUGCCCUGGGGAGGGCGAUCCCGGCGGGCGGGGGUCCCUCCGCCCUUCCCUCGUGGAUCGGCAGCGGCUGAGGCGCAUCGCGGCCGUGCCCGCGGAUCUCGGGCGCCGCACGCAGGGGCCGAGCCCCGCCAGUUCCCUCCCGCCGAGCGGCGGCCCCAGGGCAGCGAAGCCUCGGGAGUUUUCCUACGGUCUCUACGUCCCGUAGGAACCUCUCCCUCUUCACUCGCUGCUGGUAUAUUGGGGACAUCAUGAAUUGGAAUAAAGGUGGACCUGGUACAAAGAGAGGCUUUGGGUUUGGUGGAUUUGCCAUAACACCUGGCAAGAAAGAGGAGCCCAAGCUGUCUCAGCAGUCCCACAGUGCUUUUGGCACUGCCGGGUCCUCGGCAGCAUUUGCAAAAUCAGGGCCUCCUCAGUUGCCUUCCUUCUACAAAAUUGGGUCAAAGCGAGCCAAUUUUGAUGAGGAGAAUGCGUACUUUGAGGAUGAGGAGGAAGAUUCCAGCAAUGUGGAAUUGCCCUACAUUCCCGCAGAGAAUUCCCCCACUCGGCAGCAGUUCCAUUCCAAGUCUGCAGACUCUGACAGCGAUGAUGAUCCUCUGGAGGCAUUCAUGGCUGAAGUGGAGGAUCAAGCUGCUCGAGACAUGAAGAGACUUGAAGAUAAAGACAAAGAAAAAAAGAACGUUAAGGGUAUUCGAGAUGACAUUGAAGAGGAAGAUGACCAAGAAGCGUAUUUUCGCUACAUGGCUGAAAACCCCACUGCUGGUGUGGUGCAAGAGGAGGAAGAGGAUAACCUGGAGUAUGAUAGUGAUGGGAAUCCGAUUGCACCGUCCAAAAAAAUCAUUGAUCCUCUUCCACCUAUUGACCAUUCAGAGAUUGAAUACCCACCGUUUGAGAAAAACUUCUAUGACGAGCAUGAGGAGAUCACCAGCCUGACCCCUCAGCAAGUGGUGGAGUUACGGCACAAGCUGAAUCUCCGGGUCUCCGGGGCUGCUCCUCCAAGGCCUGGCAGUAGUUUUGCUCAUUUUGGGUUUGAUGAGCAACUAAUGCACCAGAUUAGGAAAUCUGAAUAUACCCAACCCACUCCAAUACAAUGUCAGGGUGUUCCAGUGGCACUGAGUGGCAGAGACAUGAUUGGGAUAGCCAAGACUGGAAGUGGGAAAACAGCUGCCUUCAUCUGGCCGAUGCUGAUCCACAUCAUGGAUCAGAAGGAGCUGGAGCCAGGGGAUGGUCCCAUUGCAGUGAUCGUCUGCCCGACCAGGGAGCUCUGCCAGCAGAUCCACUCUGAGUGCAAGCGCUUUGGCAAGGCCUAUAACCUGCGCUCCGUGGCCGUGUACGGAGGAGGGAGCAUGUGGGAGCAAGCCAAGGCCCUGCAGGAGGGGGCAGAGAUCGUGGUCUGCACACCUGGUCGUUUGAUUGAUCAUGUGAAAAAGAAAGCUACAAACCUGCAGAGAGUCACUUACCUUGUGUUUGAUGAAGCUGACAGAAUGUUUGAUAUGGGGUUUGAAUAUCAGGUCAGAUCAAUUGCAAGCCACGUACGUCCUGACAGACAGACUCUCUUGUUCAGUGCCACGUUCCGUAAGAAGAUUGAGAAAUUGGCCCGGGAUAUUCUGAUCGACCCAAUUCGGGUUGUGCAAGGAGACAUUGGAGAGGCAAAUGAAGAUGUCACUCAGAUUGUGGAGAUUUUCCCCUCUGGGCCCAGCAAGUGGAACUGGCUGACGCGGCGCCUUGUGGAGUUCACAUCCUCCGGCAGCGUCCUCCUCUUUGUCACCAAGAAAGCCAACGCAGAGGAACUGGCCAAUAACCUCAAGCAGGAGGAUCAUAACCUGGGGCUGCUUCAUGGAGACAUGGACCAGAGUGAGAGGAAUAAAGUCAUUUCAGAAUUUAAGAAAAAGGGGAUCCCCAUCCUGGUAGCUACUGAUGUGGCAGCUCGAGGGUUGGAUAUCCCUUCCAUCAAGACUGUCAUCAACUACGACGUGGCUCGGGACAUAGACACCCACACGCAUCGGAUCGGCCGCACCGGCCGUGCGGGGGAGAAGGGAGUGGCCUACACCCUGCUGACCCCCAAGGACAGCAACUUCGCUGGGGACCUUGUCAGAAACCUGGAGGGUGCCAACCAGCAUGUUUCCAAAGAGCUGCUGGAUUUGGCAAUGCAGAAUCCGUGGUUCCGGAAAUCCCGAUUUAAAGGAGGGAAGGGCAAGAAGCUGAAUAUUGGUGGUGGUGGCUUGGGAUACCGUGAACGCCCCGGGCUGGGUUCAGAAAAUACUGACCGUGGAAACAACAACAGUGUGAUGAGCAACUACGAGGCCUACAAGCCAUCCACAGGGGCCAUGGGGGACAGGCUGACAGCAAUGAAAGCAGCUUUCCAGUCCCAGUACAAGAGUCACUUUGUUGCUGCAAGUUUAAAUAACCAAAAGACUGGGAGCUCUGCUGCUGGUGCCAGUGGCUGGACCAGCGCCGGGAGCCUGAACUCCGUCCCGACGAGUUCAGCGCAGCAAAGCGCCGCCAGUGCCGAGAGCCCCGCGGCAGCGGCAGCAAAGGGAGUCCCGGGUUUCCCCAGCACGGGCAGCCUGAGCGGCAGCCCCACCUUCCCCAGCGCGGGAGCGCCGGCCUUCAACAGCGCAAACGCCGGCACCAGCAGUCGCGAGGGCAGCGGUGGCAUCGUCAGAGAACGGUACAACGACACCCGGAACAGCCGGCACAGCGAGGCCCCGCGGCGCGGGGAGGGCGCUGGCCGAGGGGAGGGCGCUGGCCGAGGGGAGGGCGCUGGCCGAGGGGAGGGCGCUGGCCGAGGGGAGGGCGCUGGUCGCUACAACGAUGCCCAGCGUUACGGCGAUGCCCAGCGUUACGGCGAUGCCCAGCGUUACGGCGAUGCCCAGCGCCACAGUGAUCCCCAGCGUUACAACGAUGCCCAGCGUUACAACGAUCCCCAGCGCUACAAUGAUCCCCAGCGCUACAAUGAUCCCCAGCGCUACAAUGAUCCCCAGCGUUACAAUGAUACGCAGCGCUACAAUGAUACGCAGCGUUAUGGUGAUGGCCAGCGUUACGGUGAUGCCCAGCGUUACGGUGAUGCCCAGCGUUAUGGUGAUGGCCAGCGCCACAACGAUCCCCAGCGUUAUGGUGAUCCCCAGCGUUAUGGUGAUCCCCAGCGCUACAACGAUCCCCAGCGUUACGGUGAUGCCCAGCGCGACAGCGGCGGCGGCAGCCGGCACAGUGACCCCUCCCGGCACGGUGACGUCCAGCGCCACGGCGAGGGCCGGCACUUCAGUGACCUGCCGGGCAGCAACCGCAACAACGGUGACAGCAGGAACAGCGAGGGUAGGAACAGCGAGAGCAGGAACGGAGAGAACAGGAGAGAGGCCAACAGCCGAGACAACAAGACAGAUGGUUUUGCUGUCCCAGAGCCCCCAAAACGGAAGAAGAGCCGGUGGGACAGUUAAAAGCUGGGGGUUCACAGCCUGGAAUCUCUGCAGAUAGUGUUGUCUUUUUCCAGGGAUUUUAGUAACUGGUUGAGCAGCUGGGGCCGGAGAAGGAAACCAUGAGAACCCCCAAGCAAGUUCAUCCUCGGACAGAUGCACCCAAAUGAAAUGUACACAACACUUAGUGAAAGAAAUCAUUUUGAUAAAGCUCCCUGGGUUCUGCUUUGAAACAUUCAGUGCUUGAGUGACUCUGCUGGAUUUAAACAGAUCUUCUUGACAAAAAAGCUGUUCCACAUCCUUGGAACGUUAAGAAACUGUUGUCCAUAGAAAUAUAAAUUAGUCUUUUCUUAACCAGCGUUCACAUUUACAAACCAGUCCAGUCCACCUAGAGAUGCUCAGGACCUGUUAGACAUUAAUCUUGCAGCAGUUUGGUCAGUAUGGUGAGUUCUUCCCCCACCUCCUUUUAACAUACUGUCCCCAAAUAAUUUGGCCUCCAGGUUACCCCUUACCUCUUUCCCCAUCAACUAGGAAUAUAUUAAUUUGCUUUGGUGAGGGUGGGGCAGAGCAAGUUGGUUUUUGGUGGUUUGGUUUUUUAUUUUGUUUUUUGGUUUUUGUUUGUGUGUGUGUGUGUGUGUGUGUGUAUGUGUGUGUGUGUGUGUAGCUGUUCAAGGGAUUCUUCUCCAUCCCACCAAACCACAAAUUCAGUUGUAGUGUAGGUUGGACUCCCUGGCUUGUUUGUGGUCAGUACUUCAAUUCCAAUCCCAUUGCCCAGAUAUUUUAUUUCUUAUGAAGAACCUCCUGUUUUCUAACAUCCCACAUUCUGGUGGAAGCCUGCAUAGCAAACCUGUGUCUCUGCUGUGCCUAUGCACCCUCUGUUCUGAGAGGGUUGAGUGCUUUCAAAUUAAAAACAAAAAAGGGAAAACAAUGUAGAUACACAACAAUCAGAGGCUGGAGCCCCCCAGGAAGUGUGGCUAAAAGAAGAUUCAGAAAUUCAGGGAUCUGUUGCUCAGAAGCCUUUAGGGAGAACCCAGGAAACAAUUAAUGAAAAGAAACAGCUCAAAUCUGGCCCUGUUUGGGACACAUGUAGUAAAUCUGUAAAAUCUUGCUUGCUCAUUUUUAACUCGUUGUGUGUAUUCCCAUUUUUUAACUUUUAUUUUUUUUUUGCCACAAGGUAGGGAAGAACUUUUCAGUUGGGACAUGUCAGCACCCACCGCUGGCUCGUUUCCACUGGAAGAUGUACCAGAAGCUGUCAGGGUUUUGUGACAUUGUGAUGUUUUCUUUAUCAGCUGUGCAUUUACUUUCUGCUUGCUCUAGUAAAUGUUUUAUUACUGGUACAAAAA